AUGACUUCAGAAUUUGACUUUACAAACCAUUCACACAGGCGUUAUAACCCAUUGACCAACCGCUAUGUCUUGUGCUCUCCGCACAGAGCUAAAAGGCCAUGGCAAGGUGCUAAAGAAGAUGUUAAAAAGACCCAGUUGCCCGAAUACGAUCCAAAAUGUUACUUGUGUCCUGGAAACAUUAGAGCGACAGGAGAUGUGAAUCCAAAGUACUCGGCAACCUAUGUGUUUCCAAACGACUAUCCUGCAGUGAAAAUGGACCAACCUGACUAUAACGAUGAGACAACCAAAGACGGCCAAGGCAGUCUCAAGAAAAAGCUUUUUAAAACCCAGGGCGUGAAAGGUAAUUGUUUUGUGAUUUGCUUCUCGCCAAAACACAAUCUCACUCUUCCUCUCAUGUCACUUGAAGAGUUAAGCCAGGUUGUUCAAACAUGGCAGAAUUUAUAUAAUGACUUGUUACAAGACUCAAAAGCAAAAGGUUUGCCAUACAAAUAUCUCCAAAUAUUUGAAAACAAGGGUUUUGCUAUGGGCUGCUCAAACCCUCAUCCGCAUGGCCAAGCAUGGUGCUUGGAUAUAGUUCCCACUGAAGUUGAGGACGAGUUAACCAACAUGCUGAAAUAUUACAGAGAAAACAAUAGUCAUUUGUUAAAGGACUACGUAGAAUUGGAGAUGCAGGAGAAAACAAGGAUUGUUUGUGAAAACGAUUCGUUCAUUGUUGUUGUUCCAUAUUGGGCUCUUUGGCCAUUCGAAACGUUGCUUAUUGCAAAAGAACAUCUCAAAUCAAUAAGAGAUUUUAAUGAUAAACAAAAACAAGACCUAUCUCAGAUUCUCAAAACUUUAACCACAAAGUACGAUAACUUGUUCAACACUUCGUUCCCGUAUUCUAUGGGGAUCCACCAGGCUCCGUUCAGUUGCUCGAAAAGAGAACAUGAGGAUUGUUCAUGGUUCCACAUGCAUUUCUAUCCACCAUUGUUGAGAUCGGCCACAGUCAAAAAGUUUUGCGUUGGGUUUGAGAUGUUGGGUGAAGCACAAAGAGACUUGACUAGCGAGCAAGCCGCUGCAAAGUUACAAGAGCUAGAUGGUGAAUCACAUUACUCAACUUUAGUAUAG